GCUGCGGCGCUGCCGAGAGAGGUCAAGAUUGGCCUGAGGUUGAACUUCUUUCACUUCCCGCACAAGCAGCCCGCCGCCGCCUUUCUUCUCUCUCCCUUUCUCAAUCCUUCCAUUCACUCUCCUCUCCAACCCAGUGUUGUUUUUGAUCCCGGGGACCUGCCACAAUGUUUGCUGCUAGGAAUAUCGCUCUCCCCGCCCGUCAAUGCUUGCGGAACACUCGUACCUCCCCAAGCAUUGCUUCGCCUUUUUCGCAGCUCCGUAGUUAUUCCGCUGCUGCCGAAGAACGUGUCGCUAAGUUCAAGGGUCAGAAGGACACCGAUGGAAAGUACACUGUCACCCUGAUUGAGGGUGAUGGCAUUGGCCCUGAGAUUUCCCAGUCCGUGAAGGAUAUCUUCGCUGCCGCAAAGGCCCCCGUCAAGUGGGAGCCCGUCGACGUUACCCCUAUCUUGAAGGAUGGAAAGACCGCAAUUCCCGAUGAAGCCAUUGAGAGUGUAAAGAGGAACUACGUCGCCCUUAAGGGCCCCCUUGCUACCCCCGUUGGUAAGGGACACGUUUCUCUGAACCUCACUCUUCGCCGUACCUUCAACCUUUUCGCCAACGUGCGUCCUUGCCGGUCUGUUGCUGGCUACAAGACCCCCUACGACAAUGUUGACACCGUCCUGAUUCGCGAGAAUACCGAGGGUGAAUACUCUGGUAUCGAGCACGUCGUUGUCGAUGGCGUUGUGCAGAGCAUCAAGCUCAUCACCAAGGAGGCCUCCGAGAGAGUCCUGCGCUUCGCCUUCCAAUACGCUCGUUCCAUCAACAAGAAGAAGGUCCGUGUCGUGCACAAGGCCACUAUCAUGAAGAUGUCCGAUGGUCUUUUCUUGAAUCUCGCCCGCGAUAUUGCCAAGGAGUUCCCCGAUAUCGAGUUCGAUGCAGAGCUGCUGGACAACUCUUGCCUCAAGAUCGUCACCGACCCCACUCCGUACAACGACAAGGUUCUUGUCAUGCCUAACCUGUACGGUGACAUUCUGUCCGACAUGUGCGCCGGUCUGAUCGGUGGUCUCGGCCUCACCCCCUCCGGUAACAUUGGUAACGAGUGCUCCAUCUUCGAGGCUGUCCACGGCUCCGCUCCCGACAUUGCCGGCAAGGGUCUCGCUAACCCAACUGCUCUGCUUCUGAGCAGUAUCAUGAUGCUGCAGCACAUGGGUCUCGGUGAGCAUGCCGCUCGUAUCCAGAAGGCCACCUUCGAUACCCUCGCUGAAGGAAAGGUAAGCUAACCCGCACAUUACCCUCUUUGAUUAGUGGGACAAAAAUGCUAAUAUCACAUAGACCCUUACCGGUGACUUGGGC